ACGACUUGGUCGUAAAUACGCCAUUUUGUGCUGUGCAGCAGUAGCCGUUGUGCGCUCGUUCGUUGCGACAGAGGUGGAGAACUGCCUGGGAUGAGCACGGAGCCCGGGGUAGGCGGAGCCGAGGCUGCUCCUAGGGAAUUUAUCGCCUCGGUCCUUCCUGUCAACCCGCUUGUCAGUCAAUUCAAGGAGGAAGAUGAAGAUGACAUGCACAAAUGUGGCCGCUGUCAGGCUGAAUUCACGAGCCUGGAAGACUUUGUCCACCACAAGAUACAAAAAUCUUGCCACAAAGUUCAGGACGCCAGCGUUGUACCCACAGAAGUGUCUCUAAACAGCCAAGAGCAGGUGGUUCCCUCUGCAGAAGAUUCAGACUGUAUUGGCCAGGUUAUUGUGGAAACCUCUACGUUCUCAGAAGAGAUAAGCAGUGCCCCAGAUGUAGUGGUGUCCGAAGAAGUCAAAGAUAUUACCAGCGAUGAAUGUAGUCUUGAGGGCCAAAGAGAAGGUGGAGACGAGACGGAACUUGGAUGGCAAGAAUCUCACGAUGGAAAUAUGGAAGAAAAUUCUGAUGAGCUUACAGUGUGGAGGGUGGUUAUUAACGAACAAGGACGUUAUGUGUGCCAACUGUGCCAAAAAACUUUUAAGACAUCAAGCAUUUUGAAAGCUCACAUGAAUACGCACAGCAGCAAGAAAGAGUUUGAGUGCGAAUUGUGUGGAAACCAGUUCAGGACUAAAGGGUCACUAAUCCGACACAACAGGAGACACACUGAUGAACGCCCUUAUGUUUGUUCAAAAUGUGGGAAGAGCUUUCGUGAAUCUGGGGCUUUGUCGCGGCACCUGAAGUCCAUCACUCCUUGCACAGAGAAAAUCCAGCACAUGAUAAGACGAGAAGCGUACACAUUUGGAGGUGUGCCACCAUUUACUGAACCAAACAAAGUGCCUACUUCCUCUCACUCAAUAAUAGAGGCCACCGAUUGUCCUUCUGUGAUCAGCCUGGUGACAGAUCACAAGGGUAAUAUCCUGCAUGAGGUUCAGGUUGAGGUGGAGGAGCUAGUGGUGGAACCACCAUCCCCCCCUGAGGAUGUGAAUGCUGAACAAUGUGAAACAGAGGGGGAGCUCCUGCACGAUGAAUUAAGCAACUCGGGCAUAGUGAUUGAGACGGUGACCGUGGAGAAUGAUGAGAUGCAGAAUGUUGAACUGAAGAUGGAAGAAGUGCAGAUAGUUAACAAUGAGGGAACGAUAGUCAGGAGAAUUGGCAACGGAUACCAAGAUUUCACUUGUCCUCAUUGCGACUUGGUCUGCAGGAAUAGCAACCAUUAUAGUGUACAUCUAAAAGGACAUGAAGGCUGCAAGCUAUUUCGAUGCAGGGAGUGUGGCAGGGAAUUCUUAAAAGCUCACCUUCUCCGGAAACACGAGUUCACACACUAUGGCGAGAGAAAGUACAAGUGCGGAGACUGUGGCAAACUGUAUAAGACAAUCACGCAUGUCAAGGGACAUAUGAGAGUGCAUUCCGAGGACAGACCCUAUCCCUGCCACAAGUGUGGCAAAAGAUACAAAACCAAGAAUGCAAUGCAGGUUCACUUCCGCACUCACCUCGAGGAUAAGCCUUUUGUCUGCCAGUACUGUUCUCGCACGUUUCGAGAGAAGGGAUCUCUAGUACGGCACAUUAGGCACCAUACGGGAGAACGCCCAUUCAAAUGCCAUAAGUGUGACCGAGCCUUUGCAGAACAUGGGACACUGAAUCGCCAUUUAAGAAUUAAAGGGGGCUGUACAAAGCACAUGAUAAAAGAUUUUUUAACUGCUAAAGAAACUGCUGAGAUGGAAGCUAUGGCUGAGAGGGUUAUUUCCGAGGAGCCACAGACUGUCUUAGUAGACUUCUCUUCAGUGGUUGCCGACACUCAGGAAUACAUCAUAGAGGCAGCAGCUGAGGACUCUGAAACCAAUGACGCCGCAGAGCUUAUCCAGGACGAUGAGACGCAUGAGGUCGAAGGUGAGCUGAUGAGUGUUGUACAGGAGAUAGUGAGUACAGAUAAUACAGAAGGACAUAUAAUUGUCCACAGUGUGGCCCUGGACAACAGUCAUCCUGGAGUGGAGGAGGUCACGACAGCAGACACAAUUGCCAUAGCUACACCGGAAUCUCUGACUGCACAGGUUGCCAUGACUUUGGCUUCAGCCAUAGGUGAAAAUGUAGUGAUACCAAAGGAAGAACCUCAUGUUGAGGUUGAAGAUGACUCUGUGAUAGACAACGUGAAGAUGGAAGUGGAAGUUGACCAGAGUGGUGAUUUUGUAAUCACCUCUCAUGAUGGAGACUUGGAGGUCCAAACCGUAAUUGUAUAAUAAACUAAACAUUUCUAGCUACGGAAAGGUGCUGAUCAGGAAAAUCCAGGGGUAGAACUAUUUAAACCCACAUAUGGGCCAUUAGGUUCAGGAUUCACUCUCCUUUAUGUAACUGUGUGAUCUGAAGAGCUCUUUAAUUUUAUGCCAUAGUAGUUUGACAUGACUAAAAUCACAGAAACAAAUAGCCUCAUAAUGAAGUCUACAAGAUUCUUGGCCAGCUAUAUCGGACAUUCCAAGUUUGGAAUAUAUAUUGGCUACACAGAAUAUUUAGAGGCUUUUGGUGUACUGCAGCUCACGUGUAUUAAAGGACCAUAUCUCUGACUACAGUAGCCUCGGCUAGGAGUAAGCUCUCAGUGGGACUGUUGCUAAGAGCUAUGACCCAUAUUACCUUCCAGUUAUCAGCAGACUGGAUGUUUGAAUUUUUAUUGUUGACUUUCUUCUCUGGGUUUCCUACAGCUUAAUCCUUCUCACAUUGAGAAACCAGCUAUUUGUAGUUCUGAAAUCCUACAAUUCUAUUAAUGGCUAUGCUAUGCAUUGAAGUAUGGUAUAUCCAGGUACUUCACAGUCACAAAGGGAGAAUUUUUAGAGCAUGAAUUUUUUUUUUAUAACCUUUAAACUCAUUAAAAUAAUUAGGUUACAGUUUUGAUCCAUAUUAGUUUUCACCCUAUACUAUGUUCCUUAUGAAAUUCCAAGGUUGACCUUGUAGUUUUAAUUCAUCCAGCCUGAUAUGAACACAGGCAACUAAUUUGUUGUGAAACAAACCAGUAUUCCUCCGAUAUGAAGUGGAUAUGCAAUAGGAGGCCAGUUCAAUGUUCCACAACUGUUUCAUGACAUCCUAUGCAUGCACACAAUUAAGUGUUCGUAUCAUAAAAGGUUUAUCAAAAGAAAUGAUAAUUUGUCAUGCAGUUUCACUGGUCUGCUGGAUCGUGUCUAAAAUGUUAACUACAUUUAUUUUAAAGCUGUUAUAUCCCUCAUUAUUUGAAAUUGGUGUUCAGUGGGUGGAACAAUUUAUUUUAAACAUGUUGGAAUUCAAAUUCGGGUUCAGUUUAAGCAGUAAAUGUAUUUCUAUUUGAAAA